AUGGUCCUCUCCCGCCAAGUCCUUUCUGGUCUGCUCGCAUUUGGCCUUGCUGGGCGUUGCUUUGCGGGCUACAACGGGACUCACGUAGCUUACAUCCCGGAGUCCACCGAGUGGGAUGGGGCAGGUACCAACCUGACCGUCACCUUUGACACGGUCAGUGCCGACUACGUGAGUCUUUACGCGCAGGACGGGGAACUCGCCAAGCGCACGGGGAUCGCCACUGCUGUGGCCUACGCGACGUAUAUUGCCGCGAUUAUCAAGGCCAAUCCCACCGCCGACUCGUGCACGAUCACCUACGGCGUCGACUCCGAAGAAAGCUAUGUCGAGGGCUACGCUUACGAGGCCACGACCUCCGGCUCGAACUGCGAAACCACCGCGGAGAAAAAGACGAUCCUGGCCGCUGUCGAGAAGUGUGCCACUGCCCUGAACGCCGCCGGCGCCGUCCGUGGUUGCUGUACGAUGACCCAUGGAAGGACCUGGGAGGGUCACUUGCGCUUGACCGCGGAGCCGAGCGUUUACCCUGCUACCACGGUGACUUGUUGA